CGCAGACUUUUGUUGGCUUUCGUUGCGAGUUGUUGGUUGGGUGCUGAGAGGUUAACGUUUUUUGGAAUAUUCUAGCUCCGGUAUCGCGAAAAGAAAUUCGUUCCCGAGUGGUCCGAUCCGUUGACUAUUUAGCUGUUUUAAUUGUGUAGAAAAUUAUCAAUUUUCAGUCGCCAUGGAUGAUCGAGAGGAGCAUCAGUUCGUCGUGGACGAUGUGAGCAAAAUCAUCAAGGAAGCAAUCGAGACCACAAUCGGUGGCAACGCCUACCAGCACGACAAGGUGAACAACUGGACCGGAUCCGUGGUCGAGUCCUGCCUCAGUGUCCUGACGAAGCUGCAGAAACCGUACAAGUAUAUCGUCACCUGUAUGAUCAUGCAGAAGAACGGGGCAGGACUUCACACGGCCAGCUCCUGCUACUGGAACAACGAAACGGACGGAUCCUGCACGGUCCGCUGGGAGAACAAAACGAUGUACUGCAUCGUGUCCGUGUUCGGCCUGUCGAUCUAGAGACGGACGCCACGCUUGAUGGACACGGAUAUACGGAUUUAUCGCCUCCCGGACGACAGUUUUCCCUUCGUUAUAAAUUAUAUCCCCCGUUAUUGCUGCUACUACCUACUACUGAAAUAACGCCAGAUGGUAUAGGGUUUUAGAUGGUUGGCUGCGCUUUGGAAUCUGUUAUCGGAAUAAAAUCGAAAGUAAAAAAAACGACAGGACACAAUUAAGAUUAGAGGACAGAAAAAACCCAAUAUUUAUUGAUUACAUACUACACACAUCCAUACACAUAGGCCACAGCAGCAGACGCAGAAGAAGUUGAUGAAAGAGGAACACUCAGGCUUCUGUUCCUAGUUAACAGAUUGAACAGAUAUUCCAGCAUGAUAAGUUGUGAUUCCAGCCAUACGAAGAAAAAAUGUCUAGAAAUCUACUUACUUAUAAUUAUUGUAUAACUAUUUUUUCAUCAGAAGAAAAUUUAUUUUUGUAAAAAAAUUGUUUUCCAAACAGCUGAUUGCAAAGAAAAAAAAAAGAUAAUUACUACAAUUUUCAUCUUUAGGUUAAACUAUUUUAUCGAAACGCCUAGACAUUGUGUUGGUUCAAGUUUUAAAACUGCAGCACGGACAUAAUCAGCGACAGAAAUAAAUCGCACACGCUUGAGAUUCAAAACCACCACCAAUUGCAGAAAAACAUUGUAAUUAAACGGAACCAAUCCUUUUAGAACCGCUUGUUACCAAAUUUAUGAUCCUAUAACAAAAUAAUCUCAAUUAGGUGUUUGUUAUAAAAUGUGUAUUACUUACCUUUCGACAGUUAAAAAACCACUCUCUCCAAAAAUCAUAGGAAAGCUAAGCGAAAACAACAGCCUUCGGUAUGAAAACGAUUUAGGGAUUGCAUUCUCAGGAGCAGCUAUGCAGAUUGGUGCGUUAACUGUACUGCUCCUCGACCGACAGAGAUAAUUGUGACAUUCAGAAUUUGUUUUACAUUUUUAACCGUUCGAGCUUGAGUGGACUGUUGUUGUAAAAUGGCGUAUUUUGCAGUACGGAGGUGCAAACGGCGGACGUUUGCAGGUUAGUGAAUGUGCUGAGAGCGAAUGAUAACACAUAAAUGGUAAAAUAUAAGCUAUCAACUAAGGUUUAAUAAUUAAACUGAAA